CAAUACUUUUCUCUCUCUUUCAACAUCUACAACAAUGAUAAGUUUGGCUGUGAAACACAACAGUUUGCACAAUCCUGGGCCAACAAGUCAAUCGUUGGUGCGGUCCAAUCACUCCCCCCGCAUAAUAACAUGAAUCGUCUCCAUCAGCCAAUCUACACCGAGUUUCUGAGACGCUGAUGAUGUGUGCAGCAACGUACAGUCUUCAACAGGUUUCUGGGUGACGCGAUGAGGAUUACAAACCAUCUGCCUUUCCCUCAGUGGAUCAUAAAUCUCAGGCAGGUUUGCUUCUUGCAUCAGAUGCUUAUUUUCUCCAGCGUCGGUGUUCGGACAGCCAUGGCGUGUUUUCCGACCGACUAAUGCGCUUGUGGUUACAAGGAACUGGAUUUUUCUACAAAGCGAGUCAGUAGGCCCAAUAGUUCCAGUUGGGAUUCAGUCCCCACGGCCUGUCCUCCAGUCAUGGUACUACUUGUGUGGUUUAUUAUCGUAUUGCCUCUGCAUUGUGAGACAAGACGUGCACCAAGUGAAUACCCCCACAGUGCCGAAAGCCAGGCUGAGCAUCCCUUCGGGAGGGACACUUCCCCUCUGGACCCAUUUAGGGCGGACGUCUUGUGUCGAGCGAGAUGCCUAGCCAAAUGCCUCUCCAACAAUAACACGGUGGCCCGUGGAGGAGAAUGUACUCAUAUUUGCGACUACUUCAACAGUACAUGGCUGACUGAAAUUUGUAAAACAGUGGACUGCUGGGCAUCAUGUGACAACUUAACAAGAGGUUCAGAUUCGUUGCUAGAGAAACCUGUACUUGGUAAACCGCAGUUGGCUGACAAUCAUUUGUCACUGAGGUGGCAUCGUGCCAACUGCACAACUUGUCACCAUUGGGACCAAGAGCUGGUGAGCAUUAUCCGCUACAGGGCCCACCAUGACGAGUGGAGUUAUGAAAUACAGACAGAAAACCAGACAUUCGUCAUGGAUUUGGAAGAUGUGUGUGCCAAGUUCUUCCAGAUUGCAUUAGUCAGCGAGUUUGGAGCAAGCCCAUCUAGCGAUAUGAAAAUGCUCGAACCUAUACCGGUCAUUAAGGACAGCAGUUUGACGGCCAGGGCUAACCGACGUUUGUUUUCCUUCAAGCUCAGGUUAUCUUGGGAAACUGUGUCAGGAUGGAUUCCUAAUGUUCAUUUCUACUUGGUAACUCUGACUCAUCCUCGAUGUAAAAGACAACCAACUAAUGCCCAAAUCAUGAAUAAUUCAAGUCGUCUACGUAUAAGAAAUGGAGAAGUUAAUCUAGAUAACGAAGAUCUUGAUCUAGCCCGGGGAGACUGCGAAGUUACAUAUGAGGUUCAUGGAACAUUUGGCGCCUGCUAUAAUAUUCAGCCAGUGAAGUUCAAGUAUCGGUAUGUUUGUCAAGAAAUUUUUAGAGAUGAUUCUCAAAAUUGUCUACGUCAAGGUUCAUCUCCCAGGCUGCAGUUAACCUCGGUCAGUGCGAUCCGCUACCCUCACAACAAGUCUGCCAUGGUCCAGUGGCACGCUGUGGAUCCUAGCCCAAAUGUGAAUGGCUACAUUGUUCAGUGGGGGAAAGUUAUAAGAAAUGAUAACAGCUCUAACCAGCUACUUCCAAUUUUAAACUUGUACCCAGAGACCAUCACCGACAUCAGCAUUCCUGGAGUGAAGAACAACUAUGUCUGGUUGACAGGGUUAGAGGCAGACAUCCUUUAUGGCGUUAGGGUUGCAAUCAAUAUCACUGGAGCAGAAACCAAUUUAGCCACGGUACCCACUUAUUCAUUUGAGAUAAGCCUUGAAGCUGUCAACAGCAGUUACAGCACCCCUCUACCCGACGAGCAGCCUACCUUGACAAUUAUCCUGAUCGUUGCCUCCUCCCUCCUCUGCGUCUUUGCCUUGUGCAUGAUGCUUGCGGUGGUGUGGAGGUGUCGCCUUCGGCAGAUGGAAUCUCGCAUGUCUAAAACGAGGCUCCGAAGGGAUGAGGAGAGCAUGCCCAACGUGUACACCAUCACACCGUCUGCAGACAAUCCCGAUCCACCUAUACCAGACCGAUGGGAGAUACCAUUUGACCGACUGGAGAUGGGGGAGAUGCUUGGCAAAGGCCAGUUUGGCAUAGUGAUGAAGGCCUUCAUACCCGGCAAGCUGUCCACGCACUACACGUCUGGUUCCAGUCUCUUCAGAGACUCCAUCAAACGAUACGAUGUCCAGGUGGCUGUCAAGAUGCUGCACGGGGAUGCAGAUGAAUGGCAAAGGCAGGAGUUUCGCCAUGAGAUGAAACUGAUGAAGGACAUUGGUCACCAUAGCAACCUGGUCAGCCUGCUCGGCUGCUGCAGCACUGACGCCACACCCCUCUGUCUCAUUGUGGAGCACUGUUGCCAUGGUGACCUGCUUCAGUACCUGAGAGCCAAGCGAGGACCGAUGGAGAGACUUGACCAUUUUCGGAUGGCUGAGAAAGCGGAUGGAACAGAAUCAGACCCUUUGAUGCCCAAGGACUUGUUGUCAUUUGCACGACAGAUUGCACGAGGUAUGGAGUAUUUGUCUCAGAAAGGCUUUGUGCACCGUGACCUGGCAGCGAGGAAUGUCAUGGUAGCUGAAGACAAAACGGUCAAGAUCGGUGACUUUGGGCUGACCAGGUACGUCUAUGAUGACAAAAUUUAUGUGCACAGGAGAGGGGGCAAGCUACCCAUCAAGUGGAUGUCUGUCGAGGCUCUGAACGAUCAAGUCUUCACCACCUACAAUGAUGUCUGGUCCUUUGGUGUGCUGCUGUUUGAGAUAGUGACCCUGGGUGCCUCACCUUAUCCUGGCAUUCAGAAUGAAGACAUCCUUGGCAUGCUGAAAGGAGGGUACCGCAUAGUGAGACCAGAAAACUGCUCGGAAGUUCUCUAUGCCAUCAUGAUUGCUUGCUGGCAUCAUUUCCCAGAGGACCGCCCCACCUUCACCGAUCUCCGCCACAAGCUGGAAGCUCUACUCGAGGAGGACACCCCUUACUUGGACUUCUGCCAGAACUACAAGCACUACCCAUUCUUCGAGAUAUCAGAAGAGUGGGAUUCGGAGGAGGAGCAGGAGGAAGUGGGAGACAAAGGCAGUGACACGACAAUGUCCUCCAGGGCCAGACCUGAGGUUAUCCCCAUGGUGAGCAUAGAAAGCAGCGAAGACGAUGUGACGGUACUGGCCAGCACACCCGAGGAGGUUUUUGUAGAACUGGAACCCAUGCUGGGUACUGACGAGGGCGACGAUGCCAGUGGCUCCUUGAGCCAAAUCAAGGAUACUGGGGGUCAGCUACAGAAGAGAGAUUCUGGUCUGGGUAGCGAUUACGUGUACAGCAGUCACAACACAAACAUGGAGGACAUCCCCCUCAUCAAACAGUUCCACUUUUAGUUUGCAAGAAAAUUUAGUGUUUUCUCUGAGUUUCCUCAUGAAAAGGAAUGUCCACACCAGGUAUGUACUUUCAAUGUAUAAAGCUUGGUUUGGGGAGUGUUUUCAUGCUGUUUCAAAAGAAAAGGUUUGAUUCUGGUGCUUAAGCACGAGCCGAACCAGAGUCUCAGCUGAAAUUUGGAAAAUUGCAAAAAUUCUCCUGAGUAGAUAGCACAGCGCCCUCUAGUUGGUGGAACACGCAGAGUGUACCAUACGGGUGCAGACCACUAAUUCAAGUGAGAAUUUCUGACCAGCUCAUUAGCAUUAAAAGUGCCCCCUUCCACA